UUUUUGAAAAAAAACGAUUCUAGAAUAAUCCAAGAGAAAUGUGUUAAUAUUGUUCCCACGGAGUCCAUCGAAAUUGCAAAAGCAGAUACUUGGUAUGGUUGCCAAAAAACACUUGGUUGAAGAUAGGAGAGAGAAGGAUGUCAUUAGUACCGACCUCCGACGGUGGUAACAACGGGCCGUUCUUCGCAGAAGUAGAAAUGGGAGCUGACUCUUCUGCUCCCACUGUUCGCGCCACCGUCGUCCAAGCUUCUACCGUGUUCUAUGACACUCCUGCCACCCUCGAGAAGGCUGAAAGGUUGCUGGCUGAGGCAGCCUCAUAUGGAGCCCAGCUGGUUGUAUUUCCUGAAGCUUUUAUUGGUGGCUAUCCACGUGGUUCAAAUUUUGGGGUCACAAUUGGUAACAGGACAGCAAAGGGCAGGGAAGAAUUUCGAAAAUACCAUGCCUCGGCUAUUGAUGUCCCAGAUCCCGAAGUUGAUCGUUUAGCUGCAAUGGCUGGAAAAUACAAAGUAUAUUUGGUAAUGGGUGUAAUAGAGAGGGAUGGAUACACACUGUACUGUAGUGUUCUAUUUUUUGAUUCUCAAGGCCAUUACAUGGGAAAACAUAGAAAAAUGAUGCCAACAGCACUUGAGCGUGUAAUUUGGGGUUUUGGGGACGGAUCAACAAUUCCAGUUUUUGAAACUCCCAUUGGAAAAAUUGGUGCUGCUAUUUGUUGGGAGAACAAAAUGCCACUUUUGCGGAUGGCAAUGUAUGCUAAAGGUGUUGAGAUUUUUUGUGCUCCAACAGCUGAUGCAAGGGAGGUUUGGCAAGCAUCCAUGACCCAUAUAGCUCUUGAAGGUGGAUGUUUUGUUUUGUCAGCCAACCAGUUCUGUCGAAGGAAAGAUUAUCCUCCACCCCCUGAAUACGUGUUUUCUGGAAUGGAAGAUGAUCUGAAUCCUGAGUCAGUUGUAUGUGCUGGUGGUAGUGUAAUAAUAUCACCAUCAGGGGCUGUCCUUGCUGGACCAAAUCAUGAUGGUGAGGCGCUUAUCUCGGCCGAUCUAGAUUUGGGAGAGAUAGCACUGGCGAAGUUUGAUUUUGAUGUAGUUGGUCACUAUUCAAGACCGGAGGUACUUAGUCUGACUGUUAGGGACCAACCAACAAAUGCUGUAUCUUUCACAUCAGAUUCUGAAAGAACUGAAAGAUCUUAAGGCUGUUGCUGAUAGUAAUCUUGAUAAGCCAGUCCAUAUUGUGUAGGUAUAUCAAACCAUUCUGUAUCUGAACUUCUUUGUUUUGUAAAUCACUUUAUUCUUGUUUUGAUAACAUUUCUCAUCCAUUGUACUGAUUUGAUCACUCUUUUCUGUGUGUUUUGUACAUAAUUAAUUGUUAAAAUAAUUAGUGAGCAGCCCUGGGUCCUGUUUAGUGCUUUAUUAUUUAUUGAGUUUUAACUUGCACCAGGGUUGGAUAACUUUAACAGUUUAAUCAGACUGGCUGUAAGUUAUGGUAUGGUUGUGAUUGCAGAAGCUUACUUAUUUGUGGUGUUGAAUAAAA